AUUCAUAGUAACUCCUUUAAAACAGAGUGGAAAGACACCACCCUCCCACACCAGCAGAGGAAACUUAAACCAUCCCCAGGUCACUCCCCUUCACUACAGCUUCACGCUCCGGGACACCAGCACCUCAGCCCCGCACGCUCCAGCUCUCACAGGUGCCAGCACCAGCCCCAGCACACGCGAGCUCUCUGCAUUGUUGACCCCGCCUAGAAGUGACCCAAGAUGUUGGUGCUACUGGCUGGUAUCUUUGUGGUUCACAUUGCCACCGUCAUCAUGCUCUUUGUCUCCACCAUUGCCAACGUUUGGAUGGUGGGUUCUUCAUGGAAUAGUUCUUACCACUAUGGACAGGCCUCAUCAGGGCUCUGGCUAUUUUGCAACAGGACCUGCGAGCAGCUGUCAGUCAGCAGUGGUGAUGAGGCUUCCCUCAAAGCCGUGCAAGCCUUUAUGAUCCUCUCAAUCAUCUUCUCCGUCAUUGGGCUUGUCAUGUUCAUUGUCCAGCUCUUCACCCUGGAGAAAGGCAAACGUUUCUACAUGACUGGAGCCAUCAUGCUGGUUUGCUGGCUGUGCAUUCUGGUUGGAGUCUCCAUUUACACAGCUCGAUUCACAGGCAGGUUGCCCGGGACCACAAGUUCUCACCAUGGCUACUGCUUCAUAUUGGCUUGGAUCUGCUUUUGCUUCAGUUUUGUCAUCAGCAUCCUCUACCUUGUUCUUAGGAAAAAAUAAGGCUGAUGGGAGUCCAGGGGAGAGGGUUGGCUACUGGGAAUAGGGAAGAAUUGCUCUGCUGAGAGAACUGUUGGGCCAAUAGACAGAAACAGCCAUCAUCAUCACCACUGCCACCACCACAGAAAAAUCACUGAUGAAGCUAGAAUCCUCAGAAACUCCUUCAUCAAAGAGAGGGAGAAACAGCUCCAACUGAUCUAGCACUCCUGGGCCUUUUGCACCAGAAAUCUGAAAGUGACCCAGACAGCUCUUCUCCUUUUCUACAAAGUCAUGUCAUACCUUCAUAAAGCUUCAAGCUCAGCAGUGAUGAUUGACGGGCACCACAAAAUCAAAGGUUACAUCUUUUUCCCUUCCUAGAGCCCUUCUCACAUACCUUUCAAUGUGCCUUGUGGGUUGGGCAGUGAGGCUUUUGACCCUUUUUUUUAAUCCUUUGAAACAAAUGGGAUGGGCCUUUUGUUACAUUUUUAUAUAUAUAUAUAUAUAUAUAAUAUGCACAUAUGUGACAGCUAAGAGACACUAAAUUGAGAAGAAAUCCAACAAAAAUCAGAUUAAAAUUGUAAUAAAGUAUCUACAGAAAUAAGGCAGCAAUUUCUCUUUGCUGUUCUGUUUACUAUUUGACAUUCCCAUGGUUGAACCAGAUACAGGUAGGAAGGGCAAAUAUCCAGAUGUGGAUGAUGGAGAGAGAGAGAGAGAAACCAUAGGGACGAAGAUACAUAGGGGUUCCUAAUUACAGAGGGUGCAGUUGCUCAAUGAUGCACAUGCGUGGAGGGAAUCAUCUGAGUGUGUGUCUACACUAAAGUCUUCUGUUCAGCUCCAGAACAUGGUAACAGUGCUGUGACAUCGCAGAUAUUUACUGAGACAAGUCUUUAACUGUCAGACAGCAUGUUUUUUCCACACUGUCACCCAAUACAUGGUAUUAAUUGAGAUCCUCACCUUGCUACACAGCUCAUCUCAAAGGCAGAUGAUACUGGUUAGCAGAGGAUAUGUAUUUCCUAAUGACAGAUUAGGAGAGAGGAGGCAAGGCUUGUGAGUUCAGCUCAUUGCUGCACAGCCUUAGGCCAGCUGCUUAACCUGGUGCUUUUCCAUCUGCCUAACUCUUUCCAAAAACUAUACCUACCUCCCAGGGUUGCUGAGACAUUUUGGGUCCACUCUGUAAUACAAGACUCCAUGUGGAAGGCUGGCAUGGGAAAAUAAGCCAUUGAUACUGCUGCAACCCACAAAUUUCUGUCAGUUCAAAGAAUCUCAGACACAAGUAGCAUUUGUAAAGGAUAAGGAUUCAAAAUUUCCCAUGACUCCAUCCACAACUAAAAGGCAGAGGGUAUAAAAAAAAAAAUGCAUGUGAAGAUUGUGCAUGGAUGCUAUUUACCUCUCUCUCUCUCUUUCUGUUAUGUGUUCCUCUUACAUAGACUUUAUCAAUUUGGUGGAUAUAUUCUAGUACUGUAUGUUGCUGUUUCAUUAACAAAGGUUAUUUCAUAUAUAGUCAUUGUAAAUAUUUUGAAAUGCAUAUUUUUAACUUGGAGGGUAUAAAAAUAAAAUCUGAUUCCCUUUAUUAGAAA